AUGAGCGUGGUAAAUACAUUGGAUAAGUUAAAGGAUGCCAACACGUUGCUAUACCCCUCUUGUUACAGAAAUUUUAUGUUCGUUCAAGGAAUAGAUCUAUACUCCGAUGUCGAUUUGCAAGGAAAUCAGUAUAUCAAAAUUUUGCAUGACCAUUUAGGCUCGCUUGACGAUUGUCAGGUACUGCAGAUUGAUGGUGUACCCGCAGUCCAAGCUAUUAAACAGUUUGCAAGUGAAAACGUUGGGCUUGCCCGCGAUCUCGGAGUUCGUUUUAAUAUGGCACUUUCUUCACUUUCGGCCGACGGAACAAUGGACUUCUCUAAUCACUUUAGCCGAAGACAAUACCUGCCACCGACCGACGGAAUUACUUACUCCUUGGUGUGUCAUGCAAUCUAUGUAAAUAUUACACGUAACUGGACGGCUUGUGGAAAAGUCGAAUCAAUAAGCUCUGUUGGAAGUUCAAAUGAAUACUGGGAUCGCAAUUGCCUACCAGAUUCUCCUGCAUCGCUGCCAAAGCAACAAAAAUUGUCGAUAACGCCAAGAUCAGGCCAACCACCACCACCAGAAGAGACUAUUUGUGAAAUAAUUGGUCAAAGCGAUGUAACAAUAAAUAACGCCCAAUUACUGCUUGACUUGGAUACAGCAAAAUUCUAUCAGUUAACAGGUCAGAAUGUUGGUAUAAUGACGAUGUCUUCCAUGGAUAAGGUGGACUUUAGGCGAGGAUUCCAAGAAUUUAUAGAUAGGAGUGUAGAGAAGGUUAUCCUUGAUCUGACCAAUAUUGGCGGCGAUUAUAUGUAUACGCCAUACGACCUGAACAAUCUUCUCUUCCCUCAAACCAGAAACUUUUUCGAGGUCGAUUUUAGGCCUAGCAACCUCAUGCAACAGGGCAUCCAAAAAUCCGACGAUGCAAAAUUUAUCACUUACCCUGGGGAACUACAAGAUCUUGGCCUUAGUAAUGAUUCCCUUGCCCCGAGUCAUUUGCCAAUAAGUGGGGAUCUAACUUUUGCUAUUGGAGAGGCGUACAAUACGAUAAACCCAAAUGAAGUUUUAGAGUUUUCUUAUCGACCGGCAGCAAGGCGGUUGUUUUACGAUGAAAAAAGUUCACGGGAUCCGAGCGAGUUGUGGGUAAAAGUUGCAAGCACAUUGCUAAAUCCCUAA